CUUGGUGGUUUUGAGCGCUCAUCAACGACAUCAAAUUCGACAAACUCUCCAACACAAGGUGUAUUCCUCGAGCAGAGCUCCUCUUCUCCCUGGGAUAUUAGCCUCGUGAACCGGUGAACAGAUCAGGAUGUCCACCUUCGAGCCAGUGGUCGUCAUUGACGGCAAGGGACACCUCCUUGGUCGCCUCGCCAGUACCGUGGCCAAGCAACUUCUCAACGGACAGAAGAUCGUCGUUGUUCGAUGUGAAGCCCUCAACAUCUCCGGCGAAUUCUUCCGUGCCAAACUGAAGUACCAUGCCUACCUCAGAAAGAUCACUCGCUUCAACCCAACUCGAGGAGGUCCCUUCCACUUCCGUGCUCCCUCGCGCAUCUUUUACAAGACCGUCCGGGGCAUGAUCCCACACAAGACCGCCCGCGGUGCUGCCGCCAUGGAGAGACUGAAGGUCUUUGAGGGUAUCCCAGAGCCCUAUGACAAGAAGAAGCGUGUCGUCGUUCCCCAAGCUCUCCGUAUCCUCCGCCUCAAGCCUGGCCGCAAAUACUGCACAGUCGGCCGACUAAGCCACGAGGUUGGCUGGAAGUACCAGGAUGUUGUCGCCAGAUUGGAAGAGAGGAGAAAAGUCAAGGGUGCUGCAUACCACGAGCGCAAGAAGGCUGCCCGGAGACAACUUCUCCAAGCCCAGAGAACCGCCAGUGUGGACAACAAGACCAAGGAGCAGUUGGCUCAGUACGGCUACUAG